AAUUAUAUAGCGUCAGACAGAGAGGAUAGAAUAAGCGAACAAAACAAGUCCGCAGUCGGUUUUUAACCGACCGAUCUCGCUCCACAGGUAAUUUUUCAGCUUAAAUUUUUUUUUCACCUUCUAUCAAAUUAAUUAAACGGCUGCGCAACCGAUAGAAUAAUUUAGUCGACUGAUAAACCAUCCGUCUAGACACAGUCUGACUACAGAAAAGCCAAAGCGUCGGUCGAUAGACGCCUAAUGCGGGUCGGUCACGUGACCGUUGCUGUAUCGGUAUUUUUCGUUUUUUUUUUCAUCCUCUCCAUCCUCCAUUUCUCUUUCUGUUAACAAGAAGAGACAACCAAGGGCAUCUAAUAACGUUCGUACAUAAUCAUGCUAAUGCAACACAAUUAGAGACGCAAAUUUUUUCUUUUUCACUCCUUAUUGCUCCUUUACGUUCUAUAAAUAAAUUGGCUUUUAUUAUCAAGUAUGAAGAAAUUAUAUGCAGUACGUAUAUAUAAAUUUAUAUAUAUAUAUAUAGUAUAAUUUAACACGUCUAAGUGGAUUAAGGAUAUAUAUAUACUGUAUAUACUUGAUAUUCUAGUAUUCUAUGCAGUAUAUAUAUAUAUAUAUGUAUAUAUAAAUAUGUAUGUAUACUGCAUAAUAUGCAUAGUAAAUAUUAUUAUAUACUACAAUGCCUGUUUUGUUAGUCGCUACCCUUGGAGUUAAUGCUUACAAAUGUUAAAUCUUAUGCUUAUUACAACUGAUUUAUAUAGAGUGGAUAAUUUUGGUUCCCUUUUCACAAGCCUCAAUACUCGCAGCUUGUCAUCGCUUCGUGUUUUCUGCGUUUGGCUUCGUUCGUUAAUCAGAUCGCGACCGAUUUUUUUUUCGGCUUCCUCUAAACUUAAUUAUUCUUUUUCGAUUAGAAUGGCUCCGACUGGUCGAACAAUUAGUAUGUGUCUUAUCUAGCUUAAUUAUACAACAGUACUCUACAAACAGCCGAUAAGCUUUGACUCAGAGACGCGGGAAGAAAAAGAGAAAACGUACGCUUUUAACGAGCUUAAAGAGAAUUAAGCGUUUAUUUUUAGACGCCUCUUGUUUGUCGCCUUGUUUGUAUGACGUCAAGGUGUAUGAGCGCGGUUUUCUUUUGUUCGUCCGAGAUCGAUUAACGUCGAUUUACUGAUCAUAUAUAGUAGGUUUUUUUUUUCAGGUGUUUGUUUGUAGAGAAGAGAGCGAGCAUGAGUUUUUGUAUACGAGCAGAUUAAUGAGAAAAGAACAAGUAUGCAAGCGGAGAGCGGCGGUAACGCUACUCCUACGAACAUAAUAACUCCAGCAGAAGCAGGGGCCCAUGGUUCUAGUCCAAAGAGAGGCGGAAGUGUUAGUGGGACCUCGGAUUCAGGUCGAGGAACCCCAGUUCGCCACGUCCUACAGCAUGGUGUCUCGUUUGUGGAGGAGGAAAAGCCGCUGGUACCCGGCAUCCCCGUUAGAGCUGGUUCUCUUCAUACUCUAGUCGUUUUAGCCGCCCAUUGUUUUGAUGAAAAAGAAGGAGAAGUAAUAACUGAUAAAAGGGAAUUUCCACGAGUCCUGCUACUAGUUCAUGAGUGGUUCAUUACACCCAAGGAGUUAGUGGACGAAAUCAUCGAUUUAUAUAGAGACUGUGAAAGUAAAAUUUCAUGUUCAGUCGUCAACUGCGAUCAUUCGCCUAACAGCGGUCAGUGCACGAGGCAGCAACUCAAGCGGAAAUUAUGCUUGUUCGUUCGAUUUUGGAUCGACGAGUUUGCUGAACAUUUCCACGCCAAUGAGAAAUUACUAGUAGAUUUCCAAAGGCUAGUAGCCGAAGAGGGUCAACCUGAUUUACUAAGUUUGGUUGACACAUCCUCAAUGCCUAGUUACGACUGGAUUCGCAGUAUUUCUGUUAGGGCACCAUGCAGAGGCCGGAAGGUCUCAUUAGUCUUUACUAAUAUUAACCCUUAUGAACUAGCUGAGCAACUAACUUAUAUUGAAUAUAAAGAAUUUAGGAGGAUAUCAGUUUUCGACUUUAAACUUUAUGCCCAAACGACAAGCCUUAAGAAUAAUCCAAAGUUGGAACGUUCAAUUGCCCUUUUUAAUGGUCUCUGCCAAUGGAUACAGUGUAUGGUACUAAGUAAAACAACUCCUCAAGAGAGGUCUGACGUAAUAGUUAAAUUCGCCAAUGUAGCUCAAAGAUUGAGGCAACUGCAGAAUUAUAAUACCUUAAUGGCUAUAGUUGGUGGUUUAACUCACAGCGCUUUAGCAAGACUCAAUAAGACCAAUUCAUGCAUUCCACCCGAAAUUCAUAAGCUUUUAGCCGAAUAUACUGAAUUACUUUCUUCCAAUAAUAACUUUAGCAACUAUAGGAAAGCCCUGGCUCAAAGUACGGGAUUUUAUAUACCCAUACUGGGUGUUCAUCUUAAGGAUCUUAUAUUGCUGCAUACAGCGUUACCGGAUCGCGUAGAGGGCAGCACAGGGGCAUCCAUGAUCAAUUUCCGUAAAAUGUCGCAAUUGUCGCAAACAUUCAAUGUCCUCGUGCAAGUUCAUAAAAAUGCGGUUCCUGUAGAAGCAAAUAUGGACUUGAUAAAUACAAUAAGAUUAUCUCUAGACCUGCAUUAUACUGAAGAUGAAAUUUAUGAGUUGUCAUUAGCCCGUGAACCCCGAAAUUCUGUAUCCUCGCCUUCCACACCCACUAAACCAGUCGUCUUUGCUGAUUGGGUUGCCGGUGUUAGUCCCCCGAAUCCUGAGACAAUUAAUAAGCACGUUCACGAUAUGGUCGAUGCCGUUUUUAAAAAUUAUGAUCACGACAAAGAUGGAUUAAUUUCCCAAGCGGAAUUUGAAGCAAUAGCAGGAAACUUUCCGUUCAUCGACUCCUUUUGCGUUCUGGAUGCUGAUCAAGAUGGAUCUAUUUCGAAAGAAGAAAUGGAAACUUAUUUCAUUCGAGCCAAUCGAAAUGCCAGUGGAAAUGCCUUAAGAUCCAGUUUCAAGCAUGACUUUCAUGAAAAAACCUAUUUUCAACCUACUUUCUGUAGCCAUUGCACCGGACUUUUAUGGGGCCUAAUAAAGCAGGGAUGGAAAUGUAAAGAUUGCGGUCUAAAUGCCCAUAAACACUGCAAAGAUUUAGUGGUAAUGGAAUGUAGGAAAGGAAUACACACUUCUAACAAUACAUUGCAACAACUUGCUCAACAACUAAAAUCUCCGACUUCCACGUCGUCGCCAGCUAACUUAACCUUAGAAGCUAAAAGGAAAAUGAGUAUGCGACAAAAACGUACGACUUACACAAAAGGAACUCAGACUAAUCCGGCCGAUAUUUGCCCCCUCUCAUUAGACGUCCAAUCUAUACCCUACGCAGACGAUUAUUCGUUACAAAACGACGAUGACGUUAAUGAUUUGGCUCAGGAGAAUCGAAGUUUAAAAGCAAAGUGCCAGUGCCAACAGGAAGAGAUUCAUAUGCUUCAAAAUCAUAUAGGUAACAUAAGACAGCAUACCAUCUCAUUUAUACUCGAUCAAAUGGAUACACUUCAUAUGCAAAGGGAUUCUCAAGUUUAA